UUGUUGUCACAGUCAUCGCAUAAUUUACCUGGACGUUUUUCUACCAUUUCACCCGUUUAGCUGCUGACGGAAUCAUUUUACGGGAGCAGUUAGCCUGUUAGCAUCAUUAGCAAUAGCGGCUAACUUAGUCCCGCUAACACAGCGUUAAAUACUGUUACGGUGCUUAUUCAAAUGUUUAUGCCAAGAUGAGUCUGAGAAAGCAGACCCCCAGUGACUUUCUGAAGCAGAUAAUCGGCAGGCCUGUGGUCGUCAAACUGAACUCUGGCGUGGAUUACAGAGGUGUCUUGGCCUGCCUGGAUGGCUACAUGAACAUCGCUAUCGAGCAGACAGAAGAGUAUGUCAACGGGCAGCUCAAGAACAAGUAUGGGGACGCCUUUUUGAGAGGAAACAAUGUUCUGUACAUCAGCACCCAGAAGAGGAAGGUGUAGCAGAAUUAAUUUUUCAUUUAUUUUAUUAUCAGUGAUGUUUCAGAGAAUAACUUGUUUUCCUGUGGUUCUGUAAAGCUGUUUUCUAAAAACGACAUAAGUUAAUUGUGAAUUUCUUUUACAUUUUCACUGUUGUGACAGUAAAAAAAAUAAAAUUCUGUUGAAUGGA